CGAUACAUAAUCUAAUAAUAACAAACAAACAUGGCAGAUGUGGACGUGUUUAUAAGUAACUACACGCUGGUGGAUCCAGAAAUUUAUCAACUAUGGAUUGAAGGCUUCUCAUCUAGUGAAGCAGUAUGUUAUUUGAAACAAAAGGGAUUUGGACAUUCGAUGGGUGCGCCCAUUGAUCUAAUUGCGUCAGAUGUCUUGGAUCAUUAUCGCACAUAUUCGCUGAUUGAACUUUACUUGCAUGCACCCACCAAAUUGAUGGAGCAAUCGUGUUUCCAACUGGAACCGCAUACGCGUGAUUUGAUCAUCGAGAAAUAUUAUUCUAUUGAUGAUGUUGUUGCCCGUGAAAUUCUGGGCAAGAAGCUAACUUCGCGUUAUCGCAAGGAUCUCGAUGAGGUUGGCGAGAAAACUUGUGUUAAACUCAAAUCUUGUCGUCGUCAAUUUGAUAAUGUAAAGCGCAUCUUCAGGGCUGUGGAAGAACUACCAGGAACUCUGACCAACAAUAUAAAGCAACAUUUCUUCAUAUCAAACGAACUGGCCAAAAAAUAUGCAUGUAUUGUGUUUCUGGCUUGCCUGCGUUUCGAGACGUCAAAAAAGAAACUGCAGUACUUGAGUUUCAGCGAUUUGCUAACCUGCUCCCACUCGAUAAUGAUUUAUUGGACAUAUACCUAUCAGCACACGGGUCCUGAGUACUAUGAUACGGAAAUGGACAAGGAAUUUCUACUUGAUUUGCGUGAACUUCGCUGCCUGCUGGACAAGGAAAAGGAGAUCAAACACCUGGUCUGUUUGCGACUAAAGCCGGUGCUGCUAGAGCGUGCUUUUCACGAGUUGGAUGGCAAUUUUCGAUCUUAUUGGCGAGCUCUUAUCACUAUCGCUUGCAAUUUGCACCGUAAUCGUGAGCUACGCGAUCUGUUCGUCGAUCUCUGCGAAAAAUUGGUAGAGCCUUGGCGUCAGAAUGGUUGGAAUCACGAUCAGGUUAACAAAUUUCUUUCUUCCAUAACGCAAAGCGUCCUGGACUUGGAAAUAUCCCGAGAUCAGGAGACACGUUGUUUGUGGGAUCGUUAUAUGCAGGUCAUAACCAUAUGUCUAGAUAAAAUGUAUCAUAUAUAGUUAAGCUUUGUGUUUUUCUAUUUGUAUAUAAUUUGUUGUAUAUUUAUUUUAGCAUAAAAUUACAUUUAGAAUAAAAAAACUAAUUUGACCCAAAAAC